UAGGAUAUGGUAACAGGUUCCUUAUUUAGUGGUUGGAGGCAUACCAAAAAAAAGCAAGAAGCCGUAGAAUUUGGGUGUUAAUAUUAAUUGAUGAUACAUAGCUCUUGAGAAUAGAAUCGGCAAGCCUAGCUACUAGCUAGCUAUUCCUGGCAUUGGAUCGGUCCCUCCCUCCCAUGGAUCCAUCGGAGGUGAAGCACGUGUUCGAGAUGCUGGACCGGAACGGCGACGGGAGAAUAACGGUGAAGGAGCUGAGCGAGUCGCUGGAGAAUCUGGGGAUGGUGAUCCCGGAGGAGGAGCUGGAGCAGAUGAUGGACGCCAACGGCGACGGCUGCGUGGACAUGGCGGAGUUCGGGGAGCUGUACGAGUCGAUCAUGGAGGAGCGUGACGAGGAGGAGGACAUGCGGGAGGCCUUCAACGUCUUCGACCAGAACCGCGACGGCUUCAUCAGCGUGGAGGAGCUCCGCGCGGUGCUCUCCUCUCUGGGCUUCAAACAGGCCACCACCAUCCAGGACUGCAAGAACAUGAUCACCAAGGUGGACGUUGAUGGAGAUGGGAGGGUUAAUUAUAAAGAGUUCAGACAAAUGAUGAAGGGAGGGAUAGGACUACUAGGACAAGGACAAGGACAAGGACAACUCUCUUCUCUUGCUUAAUUCAUUCAUUAAAUUACCAUCUUUCUUGUGUUUGCCUAUUAUAUAUAUAUGCCUCCAUACUCCAUGCAUGCAUGCAAACCUUCUUUAAUUUCCCAUCUCAACCCUAGCUAGCUUCCAUUUUUUAUUCACAUGCAUCUUCUAAAUAGGUUAAGACACACUAAUCUGCCUUUCCAACAUAUAUAUGCUACACAAUUUCCGAUC